CAUCAUUUUUUCCUGUUUACUAGAUUCAGAACUUGCUUUGAUGUACAAUGACGAAUCUGUGUUGGAAAACCAUCAUCUGGCCGUGGGUUUCAAACUGCUGCAAGAAGAGCACUGUGACAUCUUUCAGAAUCUCACCAAGAAGCAGCGGCAGACACUCCGGAAGAUGGUUAUUGACAUGGUGUUAGCAACUGAUAUGUCCAAACAUAUGAGCCUGCUGGCAGACCUGAAGACAAUGGUAGAAACAAAGAAAGUGACAAGCUCAGGCGUGCUUCUGCUGGACAACUAUACGGAUCGUAUACAGGUCCUUCGGAACAUGGUACACUGUGCAGACCUAAGCAACCCCACCAAGUCCUUGGAAUUGUAUCGGCAAUGGACAGACCGCAUCAUGGAGGAAUUUUUCCAGCAGGGAGACAAAGAGCGGGAGAGGGGAAUGGAGAUUAGCCCGAUGUGUGAUAAGCACACAGCUUCUGUGGAAAAAUCCCAG